ACUCCUUACAAAUUGCACUUGUUGUGUUUAGAGAAGAAGUUUUGCUCUCGACUCAAUUGAGGUGUAAGGGCGUCGGCCCGCCUCUUAACUAACACCACAAGAAUGCAAACGAUGAACGCCAAGCUGGCUCAAUGCCAGGCUGGCCGGCUUGCUACGGCAAACGUUAUCAGCAGGCCACGUUCCCUGGCUGCUACGUCCCAAGCGCCCUGGCCGACAGCAACCGCAACAGUUAUCCCCUCGGUCACCACCUUUGGUGCAGCUCUUGCUAAGGCUUUCGCUGGCGCAACCCGACCCCAGACUGUUUGCCGUACCGCCACAAUUGACGCCCCCGCUGCCGCCGCCACCACAGCUGGAGGUCAGACGGUUCGCGAGGACGUCCGCAACAUCGCCAUCAUCGCGCACGUCGACCACGGCAAGACCACGCUGGUGGAUGCCAUGCUCAAGCAGUCCAAGGUGUUCCGCGAUAACCAGAACACCGCUGAGCGCAUCAUGGAUAGCAACGAUCUGGAGCGCGAGAGGGGCAUCACCAUUCUCGCCAAGAACACCGCCGUACGCUACCGCGGAAUCAAGGUCAACAUCAUUGACACCCCCGGGCACGCGGAUUUCGGUGGUGAGGUGGAGCGCGUGAUCAACAUGUGCGAUGGUGUGCUGCUGCUUGUGGACAGUGUGGAGGGCCCAAUGCCCCAGACCCGCUUCGUGCUGCGUAAGGCCCUGGAGCUGCAGAAGCGCGUGGUGGUGGUGGUCAACAAGAUCGACCGCCCCGCGGCACGCCCCGAGUGGGUCAUCGACUCCACCUUCGAGCUCUUCAUGGACCUGGGGGCGAGUGACGAGCUGUGCGAGUUCCCCGUGGUGUACGCAUCGGGCGUGAACGGCAUUGCGGGUCUAAGUGCGGAGGAUCUGUCGGUGGAUCUGGAGCCGCUGUUCGAGACCAUUGUCAAGGAGAUCCGCCCCCCCACCGUCACCCCCGCCGCCCCGCUGCAGCUGCUGUGCGCCAACAUCGACUACGACGAGCACAAGGGGCGCAUCGCCAUCGGGCGCGUGACCUCGGGGACCAUCAAGAGGGGGCAGACCGUUGCGGUGUGCAGCUCCCUAGAGCCCGGCAAGGUACGGCAGGCCAAGAUCGCCGAGCUGUUCGUGUACGACAACUUCUCCCGCGUGCCGGUGGAGGAGGUGGAGGCGGGCGACAUCUGCGCGCUGAGCGGCAUUGCGGACAUCAAGAUUGGGGAGACCAUUGCGCAGCGGGAGGCGGCGGUGCCGCUACCCACCAUCAAGGUUGAGGACCCCACCGUGUCCAUGACCUUCAAGGUCAACACCUCCCCCUUCGCCGGCAAGGAGGGCAAGUACGUCACCAGUCGCAACCUGAAGGACCGCCUGGACCGCGAGCUGGAGAGGAACCUGGCGCUCAGGGUUGAGCCGGGCGAGACGUCCGACUCGUUUGUGGUGUCGGGUCGCGGCACGCUGCACCUGGGGAUUCUCAUUGAGAACAUGCGGCGCGAGGGGUACGAGUUUGAGAUUGGGCCGCCAAAGGUCAUCACUCGCGAGGUUGACGGCAAGACGUGCGAGCCGUUCGAGGAGGCGAUUGUGGAUGUUCCUGAGACCUACGUUGGCUCGGUGGUGGAGCUCUUCGCGCAGCGCAAGGGCGAGAUGGUGGACCUCAUCCCAUCCAUCCAGGGCGCCUCGCGUGUCAAGUUCCGGAUCGCGACCCGCGGCCUGCUGGGGCUGAAGAACGCGCUGCUGACCGCUACUCGCGGGCUGGGGGUCAUGAACACACUGUUCCUGGAGUAUGCCCCGGUGGCGGGUGAGAUCCUGAUGCGUGAGAACGGCUCGCUGGUCGCUUUCGAGACGGGACAGGUGACGUCAUACGCGCUGGAGAGUGCCCAGGAGCGGGGGCAGAUGUUCAUACGACCGGGAGAUGCGGUGUACGAGGGACAGUGUGUGGGUGUUCACGCCAAGGCGGGCGACCUGCGUGUCAACGUGUGCAAGACCAAGCAGCUGACCAACAUGCGGGCGGCAUCCAAGGAAAUCAAGGUUGGGCUGGAUGAGCCGCGCAUCAUGGGGCUGGAUGACGCACUUGAGUACAUCAACGACGAUGAGAUGGUGGAGGUGACCCCCAAGAGUGUGCGCAUUCGCAAGGACCCCUCCGCCUCCAACAAGCGCAAGGGCGGCAGGUAAAGCAAGGUGAAGAGGUCCCUAGCUUUGCCAGCGCUAGGGGUACGGCAGGCGAGGCGGUGCAGGGUGGGCGGGAAGGCUUCCCAGGGUGUGGCGAGCCAUGCGGAAGACGGAAAGGUGUGUGUCUUAAGUCUGGCAGGCAAAGGGAGUAAUUUCUGGGUCGGUUUCUUGAGCCGUUUUGGGAGCAUGUGGCAUAGAUCUUGUGAAGUGCGCUUACAUUCGGGGCAGCGCGUGUGUGAUUGAAGUGGUAUUCUGUUGAGGCUUGUGAAAGUGGUGUUGAGGGACAGCGAGUGGCUGAGUGGCGAUCCCACAUUGGGAGGGAGGAGAGUGGUGUGAGUGGAGGUUGGAGAGCGGUGUUGCACGCUAGCGGAGGGCCCCGAGGUUGGGUUCAUAGGUGAUGCAGGCUGAGUGGGUGCGAGAGAGUCGCGUCAAGUCGCGUCAUCUGCUUUGUUUGCUAGGAGGUUUGGGUAGUGCUUAAAUGUGGGGCGCGUGUUGUGUGGUGUGGUGUGGUAGUUUGUACGCGGUUCCAAGCCCCUUCGCCGGAGCAGAUCUUGUUGUUGCGGUGUAACUGGCUUUUUGGAUGACGAUAUUGGUCCAGGUUGCUUGAGGGCAUGUCAAGGCAUGGUUUUGUUGGUGACGGCGCUUCUUAGAGCAAGUAGGGUUUGUCGACGGGCGGGACGAACAUGCGAGUUUGCGGCUGACGGUUAGGACAGGUGUGUGAUUCGAGGUAUGGCGUCAACUAGCAUGGUGUUGGCUGUGGUUUCGGUGGUGGUGGUGGUGGUGGAAACUUCUCUUGAGUGGAAGCGAAGUUCGUCUCAUUCGUAUUGAUUGUCUGCUGUGAGCGUCAUCCACAGGCGCGUGGGAGGUGCGAGUAUGUUGCCGCUUGCAUUCCCACUGCUGCUGCUGCUGAGAUGCGGUCCCCUGUUCCUGUUUUCUGGAAGCUAGCGUGGAUCUGAGUACUUACCGGUAAUCACAUGCAACACCGGUAAUCACAUGCAACACCGGUAAUCACAUGCAACACCGGUAAUCACAUGCAACACCCAUAUAGCCAUGACCAGUUGUGGUUUGUAUGUUGGCUUAGUGUCGAAAGUGCUGCUGAGGUAGCUGCAGCUGUGUGUUUGCUGGCUUCAAGUAGUGGACGCUGGGAGUAAUGUGGCAGGUGGUGCGACCGAUAUUGAGUCAAACGAUACCUAAUGACAGCAGGGAGCGGUUACUGAGCACUGUAAAACCAGCC